ACGUAAAUUGUUUUUAAAAAUAAAAUACAGCUGAUCGUCAAGCAAAGUGUUUUUUCGUGUCGUUUCACAGUUUUGUAAAAUGGUGGUUGUGCUCUAGAUAUGGCGAAUAUAUCGAAUCCUUUGCCAUAUAUUACAAAACGAGAAUGCGGACUUUUAAGUGAUCUCAGAACGGAGAUAUUCAACAAACGGCUUUUUGCGGCUAAAAACUUGUAUCGGCGUGAUUUGGUGUGCCAUUUUGGAUGCGUCAAUGCUAUCGAGUUUUCGAAUAAUGGCGAAUUACUUGUAUCAGGUGGAGAUGACAGGAGGGUGAUGGUAUGGCAGUUUGGACAAGCCAUCCUGGACAAAGGCAAGCCUGAAGCAAUGAAAGCGCUGCAUGGAUCCAACAUAUUCUGUUUGGGCAUCACUAGAGACAGCCAAAAGAUUUAUUCUGGCGGAAAUGAUGACAUCGUAAUUGUGCACGACAUAGAAAGUACGAGGCCUCAAGAGGUGCUCCGUCACCAGCGCGCGGUGUGCAGCCUCAGCAUAGACCCCUUCAACGACCGCAUUGUUGCCACUGCUGGCAACGAUGGACGCCUAUUGCUGUUCGACACACGUCAGUCUGUACAUGAGUCCCUGGUAAUCUCUCGCAGCAGGAAAGCGUACCACGGCGUCAUGUUCCACCCGCAGCAGUCCGACAUGGUGGUGGCGGCCAACGCUAGAGACGGCAUCGCCCUGUGGGAUCUGCGCGUACCUAAACAUCCGGUGAUCCGCUACGUCGGCAACAACGGCGCCUUCCAGAACAGCAUGAGCGUGCGCUUCAACCAAACCGGCACGCACAUACUGGCGCUGCGCCGGCGCCUGGCUCCUGUACUAUACUCCGCGCACGCCGUCGAGCCCGUCGCCGAGUUCUACCACCAGGACUACUACAACUCCUGCACUAUGAAGAGCUGCUGCUUCGCCGGCACCAACGACCAGUUCGUACUCUCCGGGUCGGACGACUUCAAUCUGUACAUGUGGAAGAUGCCGGACUCUGGGGGGACUGCUACUGAGAAAAGUAUAUCCGUCAAACCUCCUCACAUGGUGCUGUAUGGACAUAGAUCUAUCGUCAAUCAAGUGCGGUUCAAUUCCAAUUAUUGCUUGAUUGCAUCAUCUGGGGUGGAAAAAAUUAUCAAGGUGUGGUCGGCAAUGGAGUUCCCAGAGAUGCGCGGAACGUUGCUAGAAGAGGCGCAGGGGUCGGACAACCCGCGCGAGAUAUACAGCCACGAGGAUUAUGUGUCGCUCGUGCAUCACAGCGGGCAGUAUCUAACUCACAACUACGCAGAACAGUCGACCAGCGAAGACCCGCGCAUGAUGGCGUUCUUCGAUUCGCUGGUGCAGAGGGAGCUGGAGUGCCUCGCCGAGGAGUCGGAUUCAUUGGACGGGUCCAGCUCUGCGACCAACAACAAUGGCAACGCCUCAGACUCCAGCGAUAGCUGUGUGGAGUUCUUCACCGUGGCACCUCUUCGUGUGGCAUCAAUCGGCGGUCGAAGUCAGCGUUGUUCCAGGAUGAUGCGUAUGCUCGCACCGCGCUACCCGAAGACUAUACGAGCUCAGAAACGGCAUUCUCUGUUUAGACAUAAAGACAAUAAAAGUGCAAGCAAAUCCGGUAAAAGUGCACCCAGUACGAGUGCGAGUGCGAAGGGCAAGAGGACGGCGCUGCGGCGCACGCGCGGGCCGCGGCGACCGGCGUCCCGGACCAUCUGCCUGCCCAACACGCGCGCGCGGGCCUCGGCGCCGUCCAGCGAGCGGACCGACUCGGACGAACCCAUGCACUGCUUGUACGGCAACUCGGGAAGUGUGAGUGUGACGUCACUAAAUAUUAGGACAUCUGCCUGCCCAACACGCGCGCGCGGGCCUCGGCGCCGUCCAGCGAGCGGACCGACUCGGACGAACCCAUGCACUGCUUGUACGGCAGCUCGGGAAGUGUGAGUGUGACGUCACUAA